AUGGAUGCAAAAGAGAUCGAGCUAAAGUCAAAGGCUUUGACCAAAGCUGCUGCUUCUGGAGAGUCGAGCGCCACGAUAGUUUCACUGCUGAAGGAGCUCCAGAAAGGGAUUCAGCCGACCGAGGAUCUUUUGCGCUCAACGAAAAUCGGCAUCAUCGUCAAUAGGCUCAAACAGCAUAAAGCUCCGGAUGUUGCCCGGCUUGCCAGUGAGAUAGUUUCAAAAUGGCGUGCGGAGGUCAACAAGCAGAAGAAAACGGCGUCCCCUGUCGCAAGUGAUUCCCCUAAGCCUUCUUCCAACGGCAACGGCACCCCGGCAUCUGCUGCAAAUGAUAAGCCGCAAAGUUCAACUGUACAUCCAGAUAAGCGCAGUUGGAAAGCUGACCAGGUCAACACUGCGGUUACUGGUGUCAAGGCACGCGACAGUUGUCUCGGUCUGAUGUACGAUGGUCUUUGCCUUGGUUCUACAGAGCCCUCUCGAACGGUAUUGCAAAAGGCAACGGAAGUGGAAGCUGCAGCAUUCAAAGCCUUCGGACCCGAGACCAAAGAAGCAUACCGCACGAAAAUUCGGAGCUUAUACCAGAAUCUGAAGAAUAAAUCGAACCUCAGCCUUAGGACUCGCGUUCUUACGAACGAAAUCGCACCUGACCGGUUCGUUAACAUGACGCACGACGAGCUUAAAUCCGACGAGCGAAGAGAGGAAGAUCUCAAGAUUCAAAAGGAGAAUAUGGACAAGGCCAUGGUUGGACAGCCCGAGCGAAGCAUCAGUAAGAGCUUACAGUGCGGCAAAUGCGGCCAGAGAAAAGUCACAUACACCGAAGCGCAGACACGCGCUGCUGACGAACCGAUGACACUCUUCUGCACAUGUCUUGCUUGUGGAAAGUCAUGGCGUCAAUAA